AUGUUGCAGUCAGAAUCACCCAAGCGUACGAUAACCGUUCAGACUCGCGAAGAUGUCGCACGCCAUAGCCGGUCCACUGACCUAUGGGUGGUCAUUGACAAAGAGGUGUACGACUUGACAAACUUCCAAGCAGAGCAUCCUGGUGGUGAUAGAAUCCUGCGCAAGUUCGGUGGCCAAGAUGCCUCGAGAAUAUUCCACGAAAAUCAUCGCCAGUCGCUCUUGGCUCGGUAUAAAGAGCGUUUACAGAUCGGCGUGGUUGAGACCGAGAUCCCAGACAAGAAGGGUUUCUUGCGCAGGUGGUUUGGUUAG